ACAACAAUAAUAAUAAUAAUUUUUCCAUUGCUGUUCUUCGCCACGAAGAACGCACUACGCUAUUACGUWACGGUCACGAUUCACUGCGUUUAUUAAUGUUAAUAAUUACCAUUUACCACGAUGUGAAGACAAAUUAUUAAUUCCGUGACAUUAAAAUAAUUUAAAUUUAUCAUCUUUAGAUACUAGCUGAUACGCACUGCGUGUAAAAUACCAUAAUAAUAUACAAUUACACGGUAAUAAUAAUAAUAUAGUGGGUGUGUGCGUGGUGUCGCUGCGUGUGCGUGCGUGUGGCAAGCCGUCGUGUUCGCGCGUUAUCCGAGUUCCCAAUUCCCAAUCGGUUCGACCCGAUAAAGAAUAAAUGCUCUGAGUGGCUGGCCUCCACCGCCGCUUUUCGACCGACUCGUCUAGAUCAUUAUACGACGUGGCACGUUCAAUGUUUAUCAUCCGUGUGUCACGCACCGCGUUGGUCUCGAUCGCGAUCCGCACUAUGGACCGUCCACGUUUCAGAAGACGACACUCGACAACGUCCGCCGUCACCUCCUCUGUCGCCUACGAUUCGAACGCCGACAUCGUUUAACAGGUGUACAUCACCACUAAUCAGUACAUCACCCCGAGUAGGAGAUCCACGACGAGGAUCAGUCAACCCGGGGCCAAAGUAAAGACCAUCGCCGGUUGGACGCGGGACAUGUAAAAUCGGUCUUCCAUCUGACAUGUGUGGCGUCGACACCAAAAUGGCCCAAACCAAAGCUCUGAUAUUGGUCGGCGGUUAUGGCACUCGUCUGCGACCACUUACGCUUAGCCGGCCAAAGCCACUUGUCGAGUUUGCUAACAAGCCAAUGAUACUCCAUCAAAUCGAAGCCCUGGUCACAGUCGGUGUGCGAGAGGUUAUAUUGGCUGUUUCGUACCGUGCUGAACAGAUGGAAAAAGAGAUGAGCGAUGAAGCAAAGAAACUUGGUGUUCAACUAGUUUUUUCACAUGAAUCUGAACCACUUGGCACUGCUGGACCUUUAGCUCUAGCCAAACAUUUUUUGGCUAACGAACAAAACCAGCCAUUUUUUGUUUUAAACUCUGAUAUUAUUUGUGAGUAUCCAUUUAAAGACUUGAUUGCGUUCCAUAAAUCACAUGGUCGUGAAGGUACAAUUGUGGUGACUAAAGUUGAAGAGCCGUCCAAGUAUGGUGUAGUGAUGUAUGAUGAAGGCACUGGUCGCAUAGAAAGUUUCAUUGAAAAACCACAAGAGUUUGUUUCUAACAAAAUCAAUGCAGGCAUUUAUAUUUUAAAUCCAUCUGUGUUAGAUAGAAUUAAGUUGGAGCCAACAAGCAUUGAAAAAGAAGUGUUUCCGUUUAUGGCACAAGACGGUCAAUUAUAUGCAUUUAACCUAAAAGGAUUCUGGAUGGAUGUAGGGCAACCAAAAGAUUUCCUAACUGGAAUGUGCAUGUACCUGACAUCACUAAAGAAACGUAGUCCAACUUUAUUGUAUUCUGCUGAUGGUGUUAUUGGCAAUGUUCUAGUUGAUCCAACUGCCACUAUAGGUGAAGGUUGUAAAAUUGGUCCCAAUGUUACUAUUGGUCCAAAUGUAACUAUUGAAGAUGGUGCUUGUUUAAGAAGGUGUACCAUACUAGCAGGGGCCAUGGUUAAAUCACAUACGUGGUUAGACUCUUGCAUAAUUGGUUGGCGAUCUGUAGUUGGAUGUUGGGUGCGUAUGGAAAAUACUACUGUACUUGGAGAAGAUGUUAUUGUUAAAGAUGAACUAUACAUUAACGGCGGACAGGUUUUACCACACAAAUCAAUCAGUACUUCUGUACCUGAUCCUCAAAUUAUUAUGUGAUUAAUUUUGUUUAAUUUGUAAAAAAUAUUUUAAUUAUUAUUAAUUGUUAAUUUUUAUAUCUUCAUGUACAUAAUUGGGUUUUAUUUAUUUUUAUUUAUCAAAUAUUGCACAAAAAAGGUCAAUCCUAAUUUUUUUUGAGUAAAUCCUAAGGCCAAACAAAUAGAAAGAUUAAAAAUUAUUCUUAUAUUAAACACAUUAUUAUAGAACAGCCUGAUGUUAGUCACCAUAGUUAAUAACUGGCCUUAACAGAAGGAUUGGAUCUUUCAGAUUCCAGGGCACAGAGUUAUAUGAUAAUAAACAUUUUAUUAUUGCAGAAAUAUUAAAAAGCUAUUUAUUUUGUAACCUAUCAUAAUAAAUUAGGUUAAGAAGCAUGAUUCAUUCAAUACUAUGUUAAAAAAUAAACAUUUAUUUUUUUA